AGGACUGUGUAGCCGGCGGCCGCCUCUCUCCUCUCCCCUCCCGGCCCAGCUCUCUCAUGAUCCCGGUUGCUCCCGGCUGUUCCCGUUCACCCCCCCACUCACACACACUGGACCUUACAGUCCCCCCCCCCUGCGGUGCUCCUACCCUCCGUGUCUGAAUGACGGGCGGCCGGUUCGACUUUGACGAUGGGGGGACGUACUGCGGGGGCUGGGAGGACGGUAAAGCCCACGGACACGGAGUGUGUACCGGACCCAAGGGCCAGGGGGAGUACUCCGGAUCCUGGUGCAACGGCUUCGAGGUGGUGGGGGUCUACACCUGGCCCAGCGGGAACCUGUUCCAGGGCUACUGGGCGCAGGGGAAAAGGCACGGACUAGGUGUGGAGACUAAAGGGAGAUGGAUUUACCGGGGGGAGUGGACUCACGGCUUCAAGGGCCGGUACGGGGUCCGACAUAGCCUGAACACACCGGCCAGGUACGAGGGCACCUGGAGCAAUGGACUGCAGGACGGCUACGGCGUGGAGACGUACGGGGACGGAG